UUGAAACCCAUCCUUAGUCAACUUCCGGUUUUGUUCAGCGCUCUGACCUAACGUAAUAGCUUCUUGCUAGUCGCAGAUUCGUGGAAACGUGCGUAAACAUGGAGACAUCUGCGUAUUGCUGUAUGUUAUUGAAUAUCUGAAGCUGGAAUGCGUUUAGCGACUAUUAUAAAUUACUUAUUGUUAACUUUGCAUUUCAGUUAUAUUCAAAAAUAGCCCUCGGUGAGCACAACAUAGCACGGAACACAAGGUAACGACUCUGCAUCAAGGAGAAACCGGAAGCGAACUAAACAUCUCCUAACGUUAACCGAAUCUUCUUUAUUUCGUAAGUGGCCUUUAAUUUUUAUUCCUGCAUGCGUGGAUGUGAGGAAUGCGACAGCACAGUAAUUUAAAAGAGUGGAUGUUUUCAUCACGAAUGUGAUUGGUCUCUUGUCAGUUCAUGAAAGAAAAUGCCAUCAAGGAACCAUCUUGACAAAGUUGGACGGAAGAAAAAGAAGAAAUGGAGCGAGGAGGCCAUGGAGCGAGCGCUGAUCGAGGUGAAGUCAGGAAGGUGCACAGUGAGACAGGCUGCCAAGGAGUUUGGAGUCCCCAAGUCCUCGCUUGGCGAUCGAGUCAGUGGGCGGGUGACACCAGGGAGCCGCAGCGGACCGGCUCAGCUCAUCACAUCUGCUGAUGAGAAGCUCUUGGUAGAUUUCUGCCUUUAUAUGUCCAAGCAUGGGUUCCCACUUACCAAACAGCAGGUUGUGUCCUUUGCGUCCUCCAUUUACAAACGGCGGCACAGGAGGGUGGCAUUUUCUAAACUGGGCCAGACGUGGUGGCUCAAUUUUAGAAAACGUCAAGAAAAGAACAUUACUAUUCAGCCAGCAGACAGCGUUGUGCGUGGGAGGACAGCGUGUGUGAGAACGGAAGCGGUGGAUCAGUUUUUUCGCCUUUUGAACUCCGUGACAAACACACACGGGCUCAGAGACAAACCUCACCAAAUCUACAGCUGCAGUGAGACGAGCUUCCAGCUGGGCAGGAAGAAGAACAUCCUCCCAAAAUCUAUCAGUCUGGGCUGCAAGCCAGCACCAAGCUCGAGGGACCACAUCUCCAUCCUGGCCUGCUUUAAUGCAGCUGCGGGAGACAUUCCUCCAUUUAUUAUCUACUCAAAGGCCUAUCCUGGGGGGGUUUGUUACAAGACACAAGGACCGCCACAUGCCCUCUAUGGGUGGUCAGACUCAGGUUGCAUCAACUCAGAACUCUUUAAGAAAUGGUUUCUGAAGCAUUUUCUCAUCCACGCUCCAAAGGAACGUCCGCUGCUGUUGCUCUUGGAUGGUCACAAGUCUCCUGUGAGCCUAGAGGUGGUGGAAUCAGCUCGCAAGGAGGACAUCAUCCUGCUGAGCCUUCCUCCUCACUGCUCUCACAUCCUGCAGCCGCUGGAUGCUGGUCUGUUUGUGGUCCUUAAGCAGCACUUUGCGUCGCUCACAGGGACUGGUUGUGCUGCUGAUUCCCACUUUACAGUCAGCAAAAAGGAGUUUUCAGGUGUAUUUAAACAAACCUAUCAGGUAACGAAGGAAGAGGAAGGUGUCAUGAUCGUAAAGGAGGGCUUUGGGAAGUGCGGCAUCUAUCCUCUGGACCACUUUGUCAAUAAUGACGUUCACCUGAUGCCACCACACGGCCUCAGCCCUGCAGCUGGAACCUCAUUGUUAAUAUCAGCACAAAGCGCGCCCUCUGUAGAGCUCGCAGCCACAGGACCCUCCUCCUAACUCAUUACUUAUCUAUCAAACUGUCAGUACCUUUGAGGUGAGGGAGGUCAGUGCCUUUGAGGAAACCGCCACCGGCUGCAUAAUGCGGCAAAACCCAAUCAACUCAGUGCCGCCGUUUAAAAUGCUGAACGGGUUUACGCUCCGGUGGGAGAGUCAUGCUCCACCUCCCCCAGCCUCCCAGCAGACGGCUCAGUUUGUCCUCCCAUCAGGAGAAAAGGGGUGUGUGGCAUUAAUUACUUGGUUGGCGCUAUGUUCAGAUUUGACUUAUUUUGUGAUAUUUGCACAAGUGUGUGAAUGUUCCACUUCAGCGUCUUCCAGCUCUGAUGGAAAGUAAAUACACCUAGAGAAGUCCAAGGCUUUUCAAAGCUUUACAAUUUUUCUAUAAGGAUGAAAGUCCUUUGUUUUGUGUCUUAUAACACCUUCCCGUUGGUAAAAAUAAAUAUUGUUUUAUUUUUUUAAAAACUAUGUGAACUACUGCUGUAGACGUACCAGUUUGAACUGAUUUAUUUUAUUAAUCUGUUUUUCUGUUGGAAUUCCCUGAUUUAUGUCUCAUUGUUUGAACUUUGCAUUAGAAAAUCCAUAAACUGGGCAAUUAUCAUUUCCAGCCAGCUGAAUGACCGCUGCAGAAGCACAACCUGUCUUCAGCUAACAAACACAAACGUGUCACAGCCAGACGGUGGCUCCAGCCUGAGUUUAAUCAGAAUGACAGAUGUGACAUCUCUCGUCAGCAGUCAUAAUUACAGAUGCAGACUGUCAGUGAGCGUGUGAGCAGGGAAACCAGCUCUUCUAGUUUCUAGAAGCUGCAGUGUGGGCUUGUAAAGCCACGGCUGAGGGCACAAAGAAGUGGUGACGAGCACAAACCUGACUGAAAGUUAAAUUUCAACUUUGCACAUUUUCUGGGAAAAAUUCUGUCUGAAAAUGACAGUUUCAGCUUUGUCAUUACUUUUGAAAGAAUGUAUGUGAAGAAUGAACUGAAACUUGAAGAAAAAAUGUUGUCAGUAAAGAAAAUUGUGAACAAAAUGUUCAACAAUUUUGUGCGUUAACCUCAAUUCAA